UCGAACGCGACACCAUGUAUUUGCUUGUGAACUUCAUUUUUGUAGCGCUGGCCGUGCUGCAGGUGCAGGCUGGCUCCUCCUACAUUCCGGACUCGGAUCGCAACACCCACACCCUGCAGAACGAUCUGCAGGUGGAGCGCGAUGGCCAGUACCGCUACGCCUACGAGACAUCCAAUGGCAUCUCCGCCUCGCAGCAGGGAUUGGGCGGUGUGUCCGUGCAGGGCGGCAGCAGUUACACCUCACCCGAGGGCGAGGUCAUCAGUGUGAACUAUGUGGCCGAUGAGUUCGGCUACCAUCCCGUGGGCGCACACAUACCCCAGGUGCCGGACUACAUACUGCGCGCCCUGGAGUACAUUAGGACGCAUCCGUACCAGAUCAAGGACUACUACACCGGCGAGCUGAAGACCGUGGAACACGAUGCGGCCGCCUUCAAUGUGUACACCCGCAACAUCCAGGAUCCCACUACCCCGAGAUCCCGACCGAGCACCACACCCAAGACCAUAUACCUCACCCAUCCGCCCACGACCACGCUGCGCCAAAGACGAGGUGCUGCUCCGACGCACUGAUGAUCGAUAGUCGAUGAUCGAUGGUCGGGCAUCAUUGGCUGGAAGGGAGGGGGCUGGUCUCUUGGGCGUCCAGCGGGCGAAUCUGUGAAUUUUGAUCUAAACAAUUAAUUAAGCCACGAACAAUAAAUAGAAGUGCUAAGCAAAAAUAAGCUAAAGUGUAAAACGACAACAACGAGUUGCUA